ACCCUUUCCAACCACACUGACCUUUCACUCCCUCGAUGAGUCCGUCUCUCGCCCAAUCAAAACCCCAAUAAAUCUCUUCCCCUAAUCCCCUCUCCAAAAUCACUCUCUUUACCCAAAUCUCCAUUUCUCAAUUGUCCAUUUCUUGAUUUCAUCUCCGAUUUCCUGAUUCCAUCUCUAAAAAUGGAAGCAUCAGCAGGAUUAUCACGAAUCGGACUAGCAGGUCUAGCAGUAAUGGGCCAAAACCUAGCACUCAACAUAGCAGAAAAAGGGUUCCCAAUCUCAGUCUACAACCGAACCACCUCCAAAGUCGACGAAACAAUCGAACGAGCAAAAUCAGAAGGAGAUCUUCCACUAACAGGUCAUUACUCGCCUCGUGAUUUCGUAUUAUCUUUGCAAAAACCUAGAUCUGUUAUCAUUUUAGUCAAAGCCGGUACUCCGGUGGAUCAGACCAUAUCGACUUUAUCGGAGUACAUGGAGGAAGGGGAUACGAUUAUUGAUGGUGGUAACGAAUGGUACGAGAACACUGAGCGUCGGAUUCGGGAGACCGAACAGAAGGGGAUUUUGUAUUUGGGGAUGGGUGUCAGUGGUGGUGAAGAGGGUGCGAGGAAUGGACCCAGUAUGAUGCCUGGUGGGAGUUUGACGGCGUAUAAGAAUAUUGAGGAGAUUGUGAAGAAGGUUGCCGCGCAGGUGGAGGACGGACCGUGUGUUACGUAUAUUGGCGAAGGUGGGUCGGGGAAUUUUGUUAAGAUGGUGCAUAAUGGGAUUGAGUAUGGUGAUAUGCAGUUGAUUAGUGAGGCGUAUGAUGUGUUGAAGAAUGUUGGUGGGUUGAGUAAUGAGGAGUUGGCGAGGAUUUUCGAUGAGUGGAAUAAGGGGGAGUUGGAGAGCUUUUUGGUUGAGAUUACUGCAGAUAUUUUUAAAGUCAAGGAUGAUUUGAGUGAGGGGGAGUUGGUUGAUAAGAUAUUGGAUAAGACUGGGAUGAAAGGGACUGGGAAGUGGACUGUUCAGCAAGCGGCAGAGUUGUCUGUUGCUGCACCAACGAUUGCUGCUUCGUUGGACUGUAGAUAUUUGAGUGGGUUGAAAGAGGAGAGGGAGAAUGCGGAGGCGAUUUUGAAGGAAGCUGGUAUGGUUGAUCAGGUUGGACCAGUCAGGUCGGGGAUCGAUAAGAAGAGACUGAUUGAUGAUGUGAGACAAGCGUUGUAUGCUUCGAAGAUUUGUAGUUAUGCUCAAGGUAUGAAUUUGCUGAGAGCAAAGAGUAAUGAGAAAGGUUGGGGUUUGGAUUUGGGUGAAAUGGCUAGGAUUUGGAAAGGCGGGUGUAUCAUUAGAGCUGUGUUUUUGGAUAGGAUUAAACAAGCCUACCAGAGAAACCCACAACUGGCAAGUUUGGUUGUUGAUCCUGAAUUCGCAAAGGAAAUGGUGCAGAGACAAGCCGCGUGGAGGAGAGUUGUUGGUUUGGCUGUUCAAGCUGGAAUUAGUACUCCUGGAAUGUGCGCUAGUCUCGCUUACUUUGAUACUUACAGGCGUGCAAGAUUGCCAGCUAAUCUUGUUCAAGCACAGAGAGAUUUGUUUGGUGCACACACUUACGAGCGCAUUGAUCGUCCUGGGGCAUUCCACACCGAAUGGACCAAGCUUGCUAGGCAGAGUAACUUCAAAUAAGCAAGCAGUUUUCCUCGUUAUCGGCUCGAUGCUGGUUAGUUUGGUUUAUGAGUUACUAAUGCUUCUUCAUUUUUCCUGCAUUUUUAUAGAGAUUUAAUCGUAGUAGAAUUUCUUGUAGUGGAUUUUCUGCUUAGGCUUUUCUUUGUUGUUCUAGCUCUUUAGUUUGUUUGUUAAUAAGAGGUGCUCUGAAUACUCUGAAAAUAUUUCCGACCUUCCUAAUUUAGGAGGUGAUAGAUGAGCCAAAUGUACUUUGCUUUUGUUGUCGCGAGAUUUAAAAAACCAAGUGAUUUCUUUGUGUUGUUUAUAAUGGUCUUCCCAUUAGUUCACUGGGAAAAUCUCAGUAAUGGUCUAGGCAUGCUUAAGCGGAACAUAUGCUCUUGCUAACAUAAAACUGAUAUUCAACACCUUCAUUCUCAUUUGCCCCGGGCCGAGCAAUUUUCAUUUAAUGUUUGAGUUCUAAUUGGAUAUUGUUUCUUGUCUGAAA